GUUUUUUCACUUUUAUCUGUUUCAGGAGAGACGAUAUAAUAUCAUCAUCAAGGCGUCUGGAUGUCUUUAUCGGUUGAUGUAACGAAUACAGACAAAAUAAUUAUUUAUCUAGUAGAGUCACGGUGAUGAUGUCUUGUUAACAGAAAGAAAGAAAGAUAGAUAAAUCAGUAAAAAAGAAAAAAACAAAAAUUCAAGAAAAAGGAAGGAUUGAUCGGUUAGGUGAUAGAUAGAUGCACCAAAAGGAAAAGGGAAAAAAGGAUUUGAAGGUCGUCCUGGCAGAGGAAAGGCAGGCAGCAGCAGCAGCAUCGUUUUCUUUGUCGUCAUCUUUGUUGUCGAAGUGGUACCGGUAGUAGUUUAUCGGUAGUUCUGGUGCUGGUGCUGUUGGUGGUGGUGCCGAGUAAGAAGGAAGGACGUCGUCUUUGAAGGAACGACCUGGAGCGACGGGCGGAAGAGGAGGUGGAGGUGGUGGAGGUGGAGGUGGAGGAGGAGGAGACCACGUCCCUCCCUCCUGGAGCCGGAGGAGGCAUGAGGAGGAGAGAACGGAGGAGGCUCUGAGGCUCCUCGCAGCUGAAGACAAGGAUGGCACCGUUCUUCACCGCGAGCACUCUCGCGGCCGUCGUACUACGCCCUUUGCUCGCGCUUCUGCUUGCGCUUCUGCUCGCUUGCCCCCGAGCUAUACAUGCGGAACAAGUCGUUCUCCUGGACACAACGGCGGAGGCGAAGCUCGAGUGGACGAGGUAUCCCUAUGGACCGCAAGCAAGCACUCCUGGUUGGGUGGAAGAGUCGUUCACAAACUUCGACAAGGGCAUCAAUUGGCGGAGUUACGUCGUCUGCGACGUCGCUUACAACAACGUGAACAAUUGGCUCUGGACGCCGUUUAUCGAGAGGGGUCCGGCGAACCGCAUGUACAUAGAAAUCAAAUUCACGACACGAGACUGCUCGUUGUUCCCUGGAAAUGCUCUUAGCUGCAAGGAAACCUUCAGUCUUCUCUACUACGAGUUUGACGCCGCUACGAAAGAGCCACCUCCAUGGGAGCCGGACAGUUAUAAACUAAUCGGACGCAUAGCCGCUGGCGAGGGUAGAUUCAACACAAAUACGGAAGUGGUGAUUAACACUGAAAUCAAAUCCGUACCAGUGACGAAAAAAGGCAUAUACUUUGCGUUCCGUGAUCAAGGUGCCUGCAUCUCGCUUCUCGCUAUAAAGGUUUAUUACAUAAGUUGUCCAGAGAUUUCGGUUAACUUUGCUCAUUAUCCGGCGACACCGACCGGCCGCGAAGUUGCCGUGGUCGAACAAACGAUCGGCACCUGCGUAGAAAAUGCCAUUAAAAUCGAAACACCGACGUUCCUCUGCAAGGGUGAUGGUAAAUGGUAUCUACCCAGUGGUGGAUGUCAUUGCAAACCUGGCUACCAAGCGGAUGUUGAACAACAACAAUGCAUUCAGUGCCCGAUCGGUAGAUUCAAGCACGAGGCUGGACCUCACAGCUGCGAGGAGUGUCCCAAUCAUAGUAAAUCCACCGAGUACGCUAUCACCGAGUGUCGGUGCGAUACCGAUUAUUAUAGAGCCGUGGAUGAUCCCAAGAUUAUGCCCUGCACACAACCACCGUCGGCACCUCAGAACUUAACCGUCAAUUUCGUGGACCAAUCUACGGUGAUUCUUUCGUGGAACGCACCGCACAAACUCGGUGGUAGGACCGACACAACUUAUAGAGUCGUUUGCGAUGCAUGCAGUAUGGGUGUUAAAUACAUACCCAACACGGAGAUUUUCAACGAUACGAAGAUCACGAUUACAGGCCUAAAUGCUGUAACGACCUACCGUUUUCAAGUGUUCGCCGAAAAUGGGGUGUCUGCUCAAGCUGGAAAGUCGGAAUACGUGGACAUCACGGUCACCACAGAAGCGAGCGUACCAAGUUUAGUCAGCAAUGUUAGAAUCACUAGCGUCAAAAGUUCCGAACUGAGCAUUAGUUGGGAUGCACCGGUUACAGAAGUAGGUGGAGACAGCGAUCACGUCGAGAGAUACGAAGUGAGGUGUUAUCCUCGCUUUGACGAUGCCAUUAACGCCACUGUGAUCCAAACUUCGGAUCUCUCUGCCACGUUUAAAGGCCUAAAACCAUCAACAGAUUACGCGAUUCAGGUUCGAGCUAAAACGACACGUGGCUGGGGCGAAUAUACCCCUGUUAUCUACAAAAAGACACCUCACGCUAUGGGACUUGACUAUGUUGGUGAAGAUGAUAAUAUGCAGGUUAGAAUUAUCGCCGGUGCAGUUGUUGCAGUCGUCGUCCUUCUAGUUAUUAUCAUCGUCUUGACUGUUCUCUUCCUGAGAAGCAGGGCCUCAGACGAGUGUAACAAGAAACAGCCGAGCGAUUGUGACACCUUGGAAUACAGAAACGGCGAAGGACUAGUUGUGACCUACAUGACGACGCCGCUGUUCACGCCUGCAGUGGGAGUAACUGGAGCGGGUGCUGGAGGUACAGGUGGCACUGGUGCUAGGAGUUACGUUGAUCCUCACACCUACGAAGAUCCAAAUCAGGCAGUUCGAGAAUUUGCAAGAGAGAUUGACGCUGGAUACAUCACAAUAGAAGCCAUCAUUGGCGGUGGUGAAUUCGGUGACGUUUGUCGUGGCAAGUUGAAACUACCACCAGAUGGUCGAACGGAAAUCGACGUUGCCAUAAAGACACUGAAACCAGGCUCUGCUGACAAAGCACGGAACGACUUUUUAACGGAGGCCUCAAUAAUGGGUCAAUUCGAGCACCCUAAUGUGAUAUUCCUUCAGGGUGUUGUGACCAAGAGCAAUCCAGUGAUGAUCAUUACUGAAUUUAUGGAGAACGGAAGUUUGGACACUUUCCUUCGCGCGAACGACGGUAAAUUCCAAGUGCUCCAACUCGUCGGUAUGCUCCGUGGCAUAGCAAGUGGUAUGCAGUAUCUCGCUGAAAUGAAUUACGUGCAUCGUGAUCUCGCGGCAAGGAAUGUCCUAGUGAAUGCUGCUCUGGUUUGUAAGAUAGCUGAUUUUGGACUGAGCCGAGAGAUUGAAAGUGCGACAGAGGGUGCAUAUACGACCAGGGGCGGUAAGAUUCCGGUACGAUGGACAGCACCAGAAGCAAUAGCAUUCCGUAAAUUCACUAGCGCCUCCGAUGUUUGGAGUAUGGGUAUCGUUUGUUGGGAAGUCAUGUCCUAUGGUGAAAGACCAUAUUGGAAUUGGUCUAACCAAGACGUGAUAAAGUCGAUCGAAAAAGGAUACAGACUUCCAGCUCCAAUGGAUUGUCCCGAAGCAAUUUAUCAAUUAAUGCUCGACUGUUGGCAGAAAGAACGAACUCAUCGGCCUACCUUCGCCAAUCUCACUCAGACGUUGGACAAACUCAUACGAAGUCCGGAUACUUUGAGGAAAAUCGCGCAGAACAGAAUCAGGGAACGGGGUGCUCCACCCCCACCCCCACCCGCCACGUCGGCAUCUUCCAACGUGCAUUUGAGAAAAAGGGGCACCAAUCCACUGGCGCCGGACGCGGUGGACUUGACGCAGUUGACCUCGGUCAGCGAAUGGUUGGCCUCAAUCAAAAUGUCUCGAUAUGCUGAGAGCUUCGAAAGGGCGGGAGUAACGACGUUGGAAGCAGCAGCACGGGUUACCGUUCAAGAACUCACCGCACUUGGUAUCACCCUAGUGGGUCAUCAAAAGAAAAUCAUGAACAGCGUGACAGCGUUGCGAGCGCAAAUGUCUGCCACGUCUCAGAGUUUUCUCGUUUAGGAAAGGGAAAAAAGAGGAAAAAGAAGAAGGGUAAAGGAAAGAAGUGAAACUUUUCAGCAGAGAACCGAGAGAGUCUCGAUUAUUUUCCUGCAGGAAAGUAGAAAUUUGGAGCUUACUGUAAACGACGACAAGUUGAGAUCAUGGAUAUCUUGAAGAUAAGGAUAGCAACUUCUUCCUCUUCGUUUAGCGAGCGUUCGUUUAAUGCUAAGUCGAAUGAAAACGAGAGAUCUUCCUCUUUAUAUUGACAAAGACUUAACAAUUUUAUUCUCGAGAUUAGAAUUAGAAAGACAUUCCAGCGAGUAGUAAUCUCGCUUUGAACAAAAUUAAUUGGCCUCCUCUCUCUACGAAAAUAUAUCUCAGACAUAUGUGUAUUUUAAAAGAAAAGAAUCAACUUUUCCUCUUCGAAUGAAUACGUACAUAUAUAUAUUAUUAUAUAUAUAUCUAUUGCGUAGCUGUCGAUUAAGAUUUGUCCUUGUUGACAUAACACGGCGAGGAGAAAUUAUAAGCGAAAAAAACGAUAUGAAACAAAACUCUGUGUGUUGUUUGUUUUGCUCGUGACGAACGAACUCGUUUUUUUUUUUCUUUUUUUUUUCAUUUUUUGUCGAGAAAAUUUACGAAGAAAUAUAAUCGAGCAGACAUUUUUCGCUUUAUUCCUCGAUCUUGCGGACGAAUCUUCACGAGAUCAACAUCAUCAGCUUAUAUCUAAGCGUGAAAGGAACAAGCCACAAAAGUUGUGCUGCAUGCUGCGAUCCACUGCCUUAAUUAAAAAGCCGUUUCGCGUUGUCGACUCUCUCGCGUAAAAAGAAAGAUAGAAAAAUUUCUAAAGAAAAAGAAUGCAAACGCGAGAGUAGUAUAGAUACGACAUAAUAAUCGCAAACAUUAUUCUUGAAAUUCUUCGAAGGAUCCGUCAUUCGAAUUUCCUACUUCAGCUAUCUUAUUUUCUUUCCUUUUCUCUUUUGUCUCUUCUCAUUUCAUUUUAUUUGUCUUAAUUUUUUUCUUUUAAUUUUGAUUAUUUCAACACGCGUAAUUUCGGAUCCUUCGUAUUUACAAGGUAAGAAAAGUUACGGCUUGUUAUUAACUUUACACACGCAACGGUAAAAAUACCAAUUUAAUAAUGAACAAAGAAGAAGAAUAUUAAAGGAUCGACAUUUGUAAGAAACCACUGCCUUUUUUUUACUUAUGUAUAUAUAUUUGUGUAUUUUGGUACAUAAGUAUGUAUGUACCUUUUGUAUACGUAGAACGACAGUCUAACUAACUAACUAGUUAGGACAAAUUUUUAUACGAUAUACUUUGACCGAUAAUUCACGGUUAAUUUCAUCGCUGAUUUCGCUUCUUUUUCUUCUUUCUUUAUUCUAUUUCCUUGUUUCGUUAAAUUGGACGAUAUGUUUUAAAACAGGACGAAAAACUAUCGUCACAUUUAUUCUCGAAAUAUCAUUUUCUUCUAACGUGAGAACAAUUAUGUCGUUUGUUAACGAUAAAGGAAAAUUGAAGGAAGGAAAAGUAGAUUGGAAAGGUUUUGUCAGUGAGAAACAACUUAUAAUUCUUCUAAUCACAACGACGUUUGCUCGACUCGCCUAAAAAAAAUAAUGACGAAAAAUAAUGUUGUUGCUUUUACAAAGUGAUCGUGUGUGUGAUUGUAUGUGUGUGGAUAUGAGAGAGUAUAUGUGUAUGAUACGGGCGAGAGUGUGUUUCCAACGUACGAACAAAACGACUAAUUGACGAUAACGAUGAUGAAAUAGACAAAAAAGUAUAACGAGAUUCGAAAUUAUUGUAAAUUUUUGCGAAUAAUGAAGGAAGGGAAAGGAAAGGGUGAAAGAAAAAGAUGAUACAAGUUCUUGCCUUUUACGUUACCUAUAUGAGUAUAUAUUGUAUAUGCCUAAUUAAUCGGUCUGUGAAGUUUGGAGGUACCUGUCGAGAGUAUGAAAAAUGUGAAAGAAAUAUAACGAAAAGAAAAAGGGAUUAAUAGUAGUAUAUGUGCCAAGGUGAGCGCUUAAAAGAACCUUCGCUCUCAAGUGAUACGAUCACACGCCGAAACGCGUGUCCUGUUCGUGGACGUAAAAAAAAAAAGGAAGGAAGCGAGAAAAGAAAACAAGAGAUUGAGAGAAAAAGAAAAAAAAAAAGUAGAGAAUAAAGCGAAAGAGGAACCGUGGGGACGACUCUGGCGGUGUAAAAAUAAUGCUAAAAAAAAAUAAAGGAUGUUAACAUCGUCAUUGAGAAAAAAAACUCGAUAACGAAAUCUAUUUAUGCAAUAUCGCGUAAAAUGAACAUAGACGACUCUCGUUCAUCUUUAUAUACAUACAAUUAAUUCUUCGAUGAGACGCAAGAAAAUAAGGGGUAAGAGUGUUAUUGUCUGUCCCUCGGUGUAACGUUAACAUAUCAACGAAUAUCUAAAGAAAAGAAAAAAAUGAUCAAACUAGGAAACAUACUAAACGAAACUAAAGGAUUCCAAAUCCUCGAAUAUCGUUCAUAAAAAAGAGAUCGUCAGAGGACGGAUACUGGCCAACGAGAAACAAUAAUGCAAAAACGCGUUCCCGAAUUAUUUUCCGGUGAAAAUGUUCGACGAGCUAUCAUUUUAUCAACCCAAGAGAGAGAGAGAGAGAGAGAGGGUCUUAAACAAAACGAAGAAAAUCUAGAAAUGCCAAAAUUUUCUCGUAUACUCUUAUUUUCUUUUCCAUCGUUCUCUUUUGCUUUGUUCUUCUUCUUUUUAUUAUUGUUUUUAUUCUUUUGUGAUUUGUUUUUUUUUUAUAUUUUAUCUUUUAAUCAUAUUUUUUCUUCGUAUAAAAUGACUCUUCGCGAUAAGGAACGCGCAAGAAGGAGAGGGUACGCAUCCAGCCUAACUUUCGUCGCGAAACAACGACCAUUCCAAAUCCUUCGUAAAAUAUACUUUACAAGAAAUUAAUGCUACGAGAGAAGCGAAAAUAUUAAACAAACAAAAUUGAGAGUGUGUGUGAUAAAAAACAAAGAGAUAAAGAUAGCGAAAGCUAAUUAUCAUCGCGAAUAAUGGUUUGUAUCUUGUUACAACCACCAUUCGCUUGACUCUAAAGACUGCAACCCCUAUUCCCUACCCUAAGGCGGGCGACAACUGCGAUAUCCGGCUAAAAUUGUCCUUGUCGGCGAUUAAUAAAUCGUCGUCGUCAUAGUCGUCGAAAAAUAAUUUAAAUAAAUAAAUAAACAAAGGAAGAAAGAGAAUGAAAAGAAAUAUAAUGACCCACAAUCGCCGAUGAGGAAAAGAAAAUAGAAACAAAUAAAAAGAAAAGAAAAAUAAAAGAAAAAGAAAAAUUCGCGUGAGUCGCACGACUUCCACCACAGAGAGACAAACAAAGUUUAAAGCCGUGCCACGGAACAUUCUUUUUUACUCUUUAUUUAACCAAUUCUAACAAGUAAGGUAGUAUUGACGACGUCGAAGCAACGUUGGGUUAUGUUAUUGAAAUUUGGAAGCGAGAUGUAUAUAAUAAAAAAGAAUCUAAAAUAAUGACCAAUCGUCGCGCGAGAAUAAUAAAUGGUGUCUCGGACGACGCGGUUCAUCAUCAUCAUCCUCUUCGGUCUUUCUCGCAUCAUCUUUCUUCUUCGAGAUAGCCCAACGAUGCUUCCGUUUAAUGGGAUAAGUGAUUUUACUCAAGAAGAUCGUUCGCUUCGCGUUAGGAAAAUGAAGAAAAGGGAGGGAGAAGUGAGUAUCGCGAAAAAUGCACUCCCAUUAAAAGAGUUAUCUUCGUUUUUCGUCCUGUAACGAUUCUCUCCUUUCGAACGCUUCAAAAAUAUCAUGACCUCGAUGAUAGAGAAACGUUAUGGGACACGAAUGCGCUAGAUAGCUCUUUUCUUUUUUCUUUUUUUUUUUUUUUUUUUUAAGGACGAAGGAACAAAGGAGCUACUCAAAAUGGCGACGAUUACGAAGCAAUAAGUAAAUAACACGCAAAUGCAGAUUUUUAUAUAGAGAAUGUUAACAAAUUUCAGAAGAUAUUAAUUAUCAAUAGCGCUAUCUUCCUAAAUGUUCGUAUUAAAAGUUAGCAAAAAGUAAGAUAAAAGUUAAGGGGACGAUGAAAAAUGAGAAUAGCCGUUAUACGUCGUCCCGAUUGGGCCAAGGCCGAUCCUUCGGCCCUCUAAUAUGUCCUUAUCCUCUCCCUUGACCGGGACGACGGUAUAAUACGGUAACUUUUAAGAAUUUUGAGCUGUAACUAUUUGUGUCUAGCGGCGAAUUAACGAGUGCGACCUGAAGUUUUGAGAAUGUCGAUAGUUUCAGCGAAUUAUUAGAUUUCAUAGAUCUCUAUCAAUAUUAUACGAUUCGUAGAUGCGAGACGAGAAAGAAGAUAUUAGUUAGAGCAGGAAAAUCUCUUACAUAUAACUUUAACCGAUUUUCCUUUCAUCACCCUUUAAUAAUCCUUGUUAUUGUAAAACAAAAUGGGUAGUUUCCUUUCGUAGAUCCAAUUCGUUUUUUCUCCCAAUAUCGUGGGCUACACUUUCAAAGCUUUUGGAUCGUACUUCAUGUUACAUAUUUUGGUUAUUCUCGUAUACGUGUAAAGCUUUCAGGACAAGUCUGGAAUUAUAGAAAUCGAUAAAAGGGAAAAAAAAGUGAUCGAUAAGGGAAAAAAAAAUAUUGCCUGAUAAAAAUUAUCGAAUUUUUGUUUAAUUCUUCUUCGGUAUCCUUCGUGUUUCUUUUCCUGUUUCUUUUUUUUUUAUUAUUAUUAUUACUUUAUUUUAUUUUAUUGUUUUCAAUUAUCCAUAUCGAAAGAACGAACAAACUAACAGGCGAAGAAAUCGUUGAACUCUCCCCCACACCUUUAAUUACUUAAUUCUUUAUCGAUAAACGCAUCUGUAGUACUAUUUAUUAAAAGAAAAAAAAAACUUAUUUAUUGUUUAGAGAUCUGACUAAAUUAAAAAAGUUCUAAGUAUCGUAGGUAUUAUCUAUUAUUCCUAGUACGAAAGGAGUAGAAUUAUUUCAUUAUGUUAGAGUUUUCGAUAAACUCUGCCGUGUAAAGUAACGAAUUAUAGUACGACGAUCACACAACGAUCGUCGUUACUACAAGCAGCUAUAUCAUUAAUUAAUUAAGCGUUAUUUAGGCGACUUAUGUGCGCGUUGUUUAAUUUGUACUUUUUACGACUCUCUUUUUACAGCGAACUUUGUCAAAGUACCUGCUUCGAAAACGAAAAGAACAAAAAAAGUAAUAAAAUCCGUGAAAACAAAGCACACAGGUACCGUCCCAUUAUAUACAUAGCUUAUCUACACAUACACAGACGCAAUAAUUUAUGUAUACUCGACAAAUUGAGUUUUUUUAUAAAAUUGGUUAAGCAAAUCGCCUGCGUGUGUCUUCGAUUCAUUGUAUAGAACAAAACGACUAAACGCAAAGAGAAGCAAGCAGAGAGUUACUGCCAACAAAUUUUGGGAUGUGUCAAAAACAUUUUUCCUAUGGUGUUGUCAAGACGAUGUUGAAUGUACAUAAGAUAUAAUAAAUAAUAUACCUUAUACAAUGUAA